CAGUCCCCGCAGCCGGUCCUGCUCCAGCAGCCGCCGCUGCCGCUCCCGGUGCAGCCACCCCCCGGCGCGGUCAGCUCCGGUGAAGUCAGUCCCUGGCGCGAUCAGCUCCGGUGCAGUCAGUCCCGGCGCGGUCGGCUCCGGUGCGAUCAGCCCCCGGUGCAGUCAGCUCCCGGUGCAGUCAGCUCCGGUGCAGUCAGCUCCCGGUGCAGUCAGCCCCGGUGCAGUCAGCUCCGGUGCAGUCAGCUCCCAGGACAGCAGCAGGUGCCUCCAGCUGACCGUGAUGUGGAGUCGCGCGCGACCGCAACGCUGGCUGCCGGCGACCGUCGUGCUGUGCGCCGCUCUCGGCGUCGCCAGCGCGCUGGAGAGGAACUUUUGGGACCCGGAGCCGGGCUACAUGCCAGUGCGGGCCGCCACCAACACCAGCCGCGCAGCACGCGCUCGUCGCCAGGCUGACCUGGCGCUGGCCAUCCCGGACGGGGCAGUCAUCGGCAUUCUGCCAAAGUUCGGCUGGCUCCUGUACGAGGGUUCCAGCCACGAGGAGCUGGACUUUCGACUGGAGACCGAGUUUCUGUACCGGUUCCCUCGGUCGCGCCCCUCCCAGGUGGGUCUGGAGCGCACCGACGAGGCGCACGCCACUGGUAACUAUUGGGAGGCGCCGCACAUCCUGGAGAGGAAGCGGCGUGAGGUGCGCGACAGCCGGAUCGUGCGCGACAAGAAAAUGAUCUACAAGGGCCUGACGAGCAUGUUCAGGAGGUUUGGCAUGGAGGGCAAAACCUGUCUGAUGAAGACUAUAUGCGAAAUAUCGUCAUCACCGCUUCUUUUUGACGGACUGGUGGGGGAGCUUCUCAACAUCGCACUUAUACCGAGCCACAAGCUGGGCGACGGACCGGGCCUGGACGAGUACCGUGACGCCGAGAAGCACGGCCUGGCCGGCGGAGACUGCGAGGCCGCCUUCCCCGCCUGCCCCAUCUCCAUGUUCCGCAGCAGGAAGCUGGUGUAGGCGGCCGCAGCGCGAGCCCAGUGCCAACGCGGCGCAGCCGGCCCCGCCGCCUCGCCGCGGCUUGUGGCGUUCCUGGCGCAGCUCGGUGUGCACUGCCCACGUUGUGCGCCCGCUGGCCCGUGUGAGCCGCCGAACGGUCGCUCUGCUGAGCGUUGGCGUGCGUGUUUAUCAGCAUUAUUCAUCGUUGUUAUCUAUGUUUAAGCUACUGCAUAAUGGCAUAUUUGUUAUGAGGUGUAGUGUUCGAGGCAUGCUGCGGUGGAACGAGCCCAACUGUUUUGGAGUUGUCCAUUCCCAUUCCAUGAUGUCAUCCCAUUUCCCCCGUAAACCCAUGUUCCGUUCUGUCCCAUGUCAUGUCAUAUCGCAUGAUAGCACUGCCCCCACAAUGAACCGAAAGCGUCUCAGCAACCCUGGAAAUAGCAAGGCCUUGUUAUUGCAUAAGUUACUUUGCAAGCCUCUGAUUGUCGCGAUAACACUGGGAGCAGUCCUGAAGGUCAUGCCGUUGUUAUCUCGUUCGUUUCGUGUAUUGUUGUUAACAUGACUUUCUUCGGGAUAUGAGCUUCUUGACGCUUUUAGCUGGAAUCUGAAACAGUUAGAUCCCAGCAUUGCGACCUACUUGCCGUUGACAGUGAUGUGAUAUUGCAAUUACGUAUGGUACACUCUUGGAUGCUCCGUCGCGCGUGCUUCGGUGCAGCCUUCGCUCUUGCCGGGCACCUCCCCCCCCCCCCCCGGCCCCACCCUCAGUCCGCCCUCUCGCAUAGUUUAGAUUAGUCGCUCGAGCAUUUAAUCAUUUUGAAGUUAUCGCAAGUAUGUGUGUUACUACCCUACUAGCUUCGAAUAAAUCUCGGAGACACUGAG